CGACGAUAAUGCGAGAGCCCAACAGCGAGUAUUGGUCUUUCUCGGGCGGGUCCUUCAUUUCCAUAUCAUGUAUCUCCCGCUUGCCGCUUGUUGGAAAUAGCAGCUAUCGCAUCUUUUUGAAUUGUUGAUUGUUCUUCGGUUUUCCUCAAAGCCCAAGAAAAUCCAUACGCCCUCAAAUCAUUUUUGUUACACUCCCAAGUUCAUCUCCUCGCAAUCUUCCCUCGUUGAUCGUCCAUCAUCCAUACAUUGCAGGGUUUUGAUUUUACAAGUGGUUAAAACUUAAAACCCUAUUUGAGAGAUCGAAGGGAUAAUUUUUGGCAGCUUUCUAUGGGCUCUGAUAAAUCUUUGUGCAAUGGGACACUGGAUGUCUCCGUGACCAAAAAAUUUGGGCAGCGAGUCCAGAAGAUGGUGUCCGAGGAAUGUCCUGUGAAGAAAAGAUGUAGUCCGCGGUUAAGAAAAAUCCCUGAGGGUAAAAAACCUUUUUACGGCCCUCCUCGCAAGGCCUCACAACAUCACCCAAUCGACUUUAUCACUUCUGAUGCUGCAAAGCUUGAGAGUUUAUUAGAAUUGCAUGAGAAAGAUGCUGUUAGUGUUGCUGAAAGAAAGAUCAAAUGUCCCCCAACAAGUUGUAAGCCAAAUCUUGUAAAGAGCAUGGUGACAACUUUGGAUGCCUCAGCCUCAGCUUCAGCUUCUUGCAUAACUAGCAAGGAACACUCCCCCAAAGGUGGCUUGGAAACUUCAGAUUCGGCUACUGACAAGAAAUCAUUGGAUUGCUCAUAUGUGGCUCACACCAGAAAUGAUAAAGCAAGGGUCAAAAAAGCUCUUAGAAUAUACAAUAAAUAUUACCUUCACUUUUUCCAGGAACAGGGUGUAUGUGAAUAUGAUGGUAAACGACUUGCAAAGCAUCUUGAUCUAAAGAAAGAGGGUAUAUGUGUGCAAUCUAUCAAGCGUCCUGAUUUGAAGGCCAUAUCUAAGAUGUUGGAGUUUAAUGAAGUUUUGUACCCUACAAAAAGAUUUGGUCACUUGCCUGGUAUUGACAUUGGUUAUCAAUUCUAUUCACGAGCUGAAAUGGUUGCUUUAGGUCUUCAUAGUCACUGGGUUAAUGACAUUGAUUAUAUGGGAGAAUCGUACAGCAAAAUGUAUUUGCAGGAGGAGUUCAAAGGGUACACAUUUCCAUUAGCUGUGGCAGUUGUAUUGUCGGCCCAAUGUGAAGAUGAUCUGGAUAACUUAGAAGAUAUUGUUUAUAUUGGGCAAGGUGGAAAUGAUGUAAUGGUUAAUAAACAUCAAAAGAUGGCAUGUGGUGAUUUGGCUUUAAAGAACAGUAUUGAACAUUGUGUGCCUGUGAGGGUUGUUGGAGGACACAGACACACAAGUACAAGUGAGCAUCAGUCGUUGAGUUUGAGUUUGAGAUUAUACACGUAUUACGGCUUGUACAAGGUGUCUGAAUGCUGGCCUGCAGAAGGUGUCUCCGCCUCUGGUAUGCUUGUUUAUAAGUAUCGCCUGAAGCGCCUUCAAGGACAGCCCAAAUUGACAACCAAUCAGGUUCAGUGCAGCAAUGGCCGUUCCUCAAGGGUUCCUAUUAAAGCACCUGAGUUGGUGUGCCUGGAUAUAACUGAAGGUCAAGAAGAUGUGUGUAUACCUGUUAUCAAUACAAUUGAUGAUACCAUUAUUACCGGGUUUACAUAUACAAAGUAUAAUCAAGUUUUGAGCAAUCUGAGCCUCCCUACAAAUGCUCAAGGAUGCGAAUGCAAAGGAAAUUGUACGGAUCCAAGGACCUGUGCUUGCGCUAAACUUAACGGCUUUGAUUUUCCAUAUGUACGAAGCUCUGGGGGCAGAUUGAUUGAAGCCAAGGAUGUUGUGUUUGAAUGUGGGCCAAACUGUGGAUGUGGACCCGGUUGCAUCAACCGCAUAUCCCAGCGAGGGAUAAAAUAUCAACUUGAGGUGUUCCGUACCUCCAAUAGAGGAUGGGCUGUGAGGAGCAAAGAUUUUAUCCCUUGUGGUGCCCCAGUGUGUGAAUAUAUUGGAGAGCUGAGGAGGACAAACGAGCUGGAUAAUGUUGCUGAAAAUGAUUACAUAUUUGAAAUCGAUUGCUGCCAAACAAUCAAAGGGAUUGGAGGAAGAGAGAGGAGGUUGGGAGAUGUAUCUGAAUCUGUAAGUAGUCAAUUGGAUGAAAAGAGCAUGAAUGAGGGUGAGGCUGAGUUCUGCAUAGAUGCAGGGCGUGUUGGAAAUGUUGCCAGGUUCAUCAACCACAGCUGCGACCCAAACCUUUUUGUUCAAUGUGUUCUAAGUGAACACCAUCAUCUUAGACUUGCCCGGAUACUUCUCUUUGCUUCUGACAAUAUACCCCCCAUGCAGGAACUUACGUAUGACUAUGGCUAUGCCCUUGACAGUGUUGUAGACAACAAUGGCACUGUAAGGACGCUGCCAUGCCAUUGCGGGACAUCAGAUUGUCGCAAUCGAUUGUAUUAAUUACUCUCUCCCUUUUCUUUACCAAUCGAUUGUAUUAAUUAUUCAUGAAAGACCUUCUUCCUUGUGUCUAUUGGAUAUGUUAUCAUCUUAACAGCUAAUAACUUUUUCCCCUCUGAAGUCGAAAUUAUCACUUUUGUAAACUCUUAGGGUAUGAUUUAUUUUUUAAAAUUUAUAUUUAUAUAAAAAGAAUAUAUGCUUGAUCA